CUCAAGGCUACGGCCGCAGUGCUUCCCGAGAUGGGUGAGACAGCUCAGGCGUCCAGCGAGGCCGGCGCUGCGGACGGCUCGGAGGCGGCCCCGUCGGCUGCCGCGGCGGAGGCUGCCGCGGCGGAGGCCCAGGCGGCCACCGGCGCAGCUGCCGGACCAACCGCGGCGACUCCCGCGGGCACGGCUCCGACCGAGGGCUCCGCCGCGCCACCGGCGGCCGCCCCGGCCGAGGCACCGCUGGCGGAGCCGCCCGCAGCCGCCGCCGAGGCUCCCGCCGAGAGCUCGGCGGAGCCCGCCGCCGCCGAGGCUCCGGCCGAGGGCUCGGCGGAGCCCGCCGCCGCCGAGGCUCCGGCCGAGGGCUCGGCGGAGCCGGCCUCCCGCGCGGCCGAGGGAGCUCCCGCCGAGAGCCCGGCUGAGGCGGCUGCGGCCGAGGGCUCGGCCAGCGCGGCCGCGGGCGCGGCUGGGGGCCCGUCGGCGCCGCCCGCCGGCGCAGCCGCAGCCUCGGCCGGCGGCGCGGCGGCACCUGCCGCGGGCGCAGGGGGCAGCGGGGCAGGUGCAUCGGGCGUCUCUCCGCCAACCCCGCCUGCGGCAAGCCCGGCCCCCGCUGUGGCCGCCUCGGGCAAGGCGCCGAACCGCGCGGACAGCGACGAGGACGCCAGGGAGGACGAGCCCCGCGACUGGGAGGCCUCGGACGAGGAGGGCGUCCGCAGGCGCAAGUCCCCGGCGGCGGACGACGGCAGCGACGAGGAGGAGGGGCACCACCGCAGGCGGGGGAGGUCGCCCGACGCGGUGGCGAGGGAGGGCGCGGGCGAGGCGGACCAGAAGGCCCGGCGCGCGGAGGCCCCGAGGCCCUCGGACGAGGACCGACGCCGGGACCGCCGGGAGCCCUCCGGCCGCGGCCGAGGGGGAGGGGCCCGAGAGGCCAGCGCGGCGGGGCGCGGCAGCGGGAAGCGCGCCCCGUCCGACAGCCUGGAGCGGGAGGCGAUCGCCGAGGCGACGAGGCAGAUGAAGCGGCCCGGCAACACCGAGAUGCGGGUGUGGAUCGACGACUGGCCCACGCGGUUCCAGCCGAGGUUCGGGCCGUUGAAGAACUUCCUGCAGCGGCACCCCGACAUUUUCAGGGUAGUGCAGGGCCACGGCCGCAGGAGAGACAGGAAGAACCUGCGGCCCCAGAGCCCUCUCCAGGAGGCCUAA